CGCGCCGAGCCCGAGCUGGAGCCGGAGCCGGAGCCAGAGCGCGGGCUGUACUGAGCGCGCGGCGGGAAGGUAGCGGAGUCGGGCGGCCCGCCGCCCCGGCGCGGCCUCCGCUAGGGCCAAGACCCGCACACCUGCCGGGCCGGGGAGAAGCCGGGGGCCGCGCGCAGGCGAGGACCCGCCGCCCGGCCCGGGGAAGAUCCCAGGACGCGGACCGGGCAGCUCGGGUCCGAGGUGAGCCCGGGCGGAGGACGCGCCCACCGGAGGUGCGGCCUCGGAGCUCCAGACCCAGCCCACUCGGGGCUGGGGUCCCCAGAGGAGGCAGACGGCCGAGGCGGCGUGCGCCGGGAGCCAGCGCGAUCCCUGCGGGAGCGGAGGAGCCGAGCCGGAGGGAGCCGCUGCGCCCGGCCAUGCACCGGGCGCAGUAGCGGGAGGCGCGGGCCCGAUGGCGCGGGCCGGGGCGCGGGGACUGCUCGGCGGCCGCCGUCCUCCCGGCCUCCGGCUCGCGCUCGCGCUUCGGCUCGCGUUGCUGCUGGCGCGGCCGCCGUCGGGCCGCGCGGGAGCCCCCGAGGCGCAGGGUCCCGCGGCGCCCGGCACGACAGCCCCGGAGGGGGGCGACCGCUGCCGCGGCUACUACGACGUGAUGGGCCAGUGGGACCCGCCCUUCAACUGCAGCUCGGGAGCCUACAGCUUCUGCUGCGGCACGUGCGGCUACCGCUUCUGCUGCCACGACGGGCCGCGGCGCCUCGACCAGAGCCGCUGUUCCAACUACGACACGCCGGCCUGGGUCCAGACAGGCCGGCCGCCCGCUCGCGCCCGCGACACCGCAGCGCCCCGGGACCCCGGCCGCGAGCGCAGCCAUACGGCCGUCUACGCUGUGUGCGGCGUCGCAGCGCUGCUGGUGCUGGCCGGCAUCGGGGCGCGCCUGGGACUGGAGAGGGCGCACAGCCCGCGCGCGCGGCGCACCGUGACCAGGGCGCUGACAGAGCUUCUGAAGCAGCCGGGCCCCCAGGAGCCAUUGCCUCCCACCCUGGGCCCACCCCUGGGUGGCUGUGUCCAGGUGCAGAUGGGGGACGGCCUCCCCCGGGGCUCCCCCCACAACAGCGCAGGUCCCAGGACUCCGCGCCUGGCUCGAGCGUCGCCUCCGGGCGAGCCGUUCAUGAGGGUGGCACCCCCGGGGCUGGCUGCCGCCGCCGCUGCGCGUGACUCGGAGCCAGGCCCUGUUCCAGGCGCUGGAGGCUGCCGCGAAGACAGGCUUGGCUCGCAGCCUCGCCCGGAGAACGGUCCCCCAGGUUCUCACCGAACGGCCUCGGGGAGAGGACUACGGAGAGGUGACAGCGAGGGCGGAGUGACCCGGGACAUCGGACCGAGCCGCAUCUCACUCCUCGCUCCAGACAAGAAGCGCCUCAACAACGCGCCCCAGGGGUCGGCCGCCCCGGGGCCCCCGCGUGGCCCGCGGCUGCAGGGUGGCGGCAGCCUGACGCUGCAGCCAGACUACGCCAAGUACGCCACGUUCAAGGCCGCCGCGCUCAAGGCCGCAGAGGCCGCCCCGCGGGACUUCUGCCAGCGUUUCCCCGCCCUCGAGCCGUCCCCGCGGCAACCCCCGGCGCGGGCUCCGCGACCAUCCCCAGACUUGCCUGCGCCGCUGGACGCCUGCCCCUGGGCCCCGCCGGUCUACGCGCCCCCUGCCGCGCCGGGCCCCUAUGCCGCCUGGACCUCCAGUCGCCCGGCCCGGCCCGCCCCGCUCAGCCACCCGACGGCUCGGGCCUUCCAGGUACCCCGACGACCCGGGCACGCGGCCCGGCGCCAGUUCAGCGUGAAGAUGCCUGAGACCUUCAACCCGCAGCCCCCCGGCCUUUACGGCAGCGCGGGCCGCGGGUCCCGGUACCUAAGGACCAACAGCAAGACCGAGGUCACCGUGUGAAGCGGGGCCGCGGUGCCCUCGAGGCAUGGGCUGGGGUCCUGUCUGCCCGUCGGAGCCUCAGGCCACAGGGAGAGGAGCGCCUGCCGUAAGGCCAGCUCUUCUGUCUGCCUCAACGGCAGUGGUGUCUUGGAGCCUGCAGGCCUCGGGUUCGUCUUGUAAAUAAGCCCUUUUAUGUGGUUCCUGCCCCUGAGAAUAAAGAAGCCCCAGCGUGGCUGCGAGGCACCAAUGGUCACUGACUGGACAGAUGGCAGUGCAGGCAGAGGGCACGGCGAGUGCAAGGUUGGAGGACUGCUCCAGUGCACCGGCCAGAGCCAGGGGGAAGUGGCUGGAGAGGGGGGCCAGGGUUGAAUGUCAGGGUUAAUGCCCACCCCAGUGGGAGCCCUGGGAGAGAGGGAACAGUUAGACUUCAGCCAUAGAAAGGCCCGGGCACAGGAGACAGGGCUGUUGGGUCCAAGGCCCAGUGGGGGGUCCAUGCCCUGUACUGAAGGUGAGCCCCCUUCAGCCGCCACUCUGCAGCUUGAGUUGGCUGAACCUGGCUGAUGCUCACUGACCACUGGCUGUGGGCCAGCCCCUGGCCUGCAGGUCGCUUGGCCAGAUUGGCCCCGGGCUACCCGGCUUAAUGGGUGUGGGCCGUGUGGACAUCUGGUGCUCCGGAUGGGGGCGCCUCCUCCCAGGAGCUUCUCUGAAGGAAAUGGGGGAAAAGCUGGAGCAGGGGCCCUGGCAGUGUCCCUCCGGGAGGGCUUCCCGCACCUGGCUGUGGCCCAGGGCACUGCUAGCAGUCUGCGUGCAUCUUCCACAGAGUUCCUCUCCGCCAGGUAACACUGGGGAGGCUAGGGGCCAGGGCUGUGGCUGGUUGAGGUGCGUGAUCUGGGGAGGCUAGGGGCCAGGGCUGUGGCUGGUUGAGGUGCGUGAUCUGGGGAGGCUAGGGGCCAGGGCUGUGGCUGGUUGAGGUGCGUGAUCUGGGGAGGCUAGGGGCCAGGGCUGUGGCUGGUUGAGGUGCGUGAUCUGGGGAGGCUAGGGGCCAGGGCUGUGGCUGGUU